CAAAACGUUUUACAUUUAACAUGUUGGCAUGGAUAAAUAUUAUGUUAAUCUCUGAUAUUGGUGUGAAAUGUUUAUUGGAGACGCGCCUUACCGGAGUGGGUCAUUCAAAAUAGACCAUGAGCGCGUGUUUAAAUCUCAGCCCGGCGAGGAACACUUGACUGACAGUUCAGUUGAGGUAAAUGUUUUAACACAGUAUACCAUGAUGGAAAUAUGAUGUUAUUUCCAUCAUGCACAGUACAUUCGAAUAAAAUCAGUUAGUCAAGUUCAUGGGCUUAAAUGUAGGUACCGAAUAAAUUAGAUGCGGAAUAGAAGUCUGAAAAAAUAUAGAAUACAUUCUCAACCUGUCAUGAGGAAAUGCAUGACACGCUCGAAAAACUGACGUUCUGUUCUCGGUUCUAAUUGGCUGUACGUGAUUUUAAUUUCACCAAUGGUAUUAUUUAUUUAGUAAUGUCAAAAACUGAGAUACUUUGGACUCAUAUGCACUUUCUUCAAGUGAGAACGUGCUAGUCCUGGUCCCCAUUAGUGACACUUAAAUACUCUCUGGUCACGUUUUAGUCAUAAUCUUACGAUGUUGCCGACAGUGUGUAAAUCAGAGAGCAUCGAAAAAUGGUGUGAACUUCUAUUUUCUAACGUGUUUACUACUUCCGAAGAUAUGUCAGCGGAUGUUAGUGUCAUAACUACAAGGUCGUACAAUCUGUUGUUGCUGUGUGUUUCGGCAAGACGUGUGGAGGGAGUGGGUUGAUAAUAGAGGACUUUGCACAUUAUUAUGAUCCUCCUGUUAAAGUUGUUUUAGGAUGUAACUCUACCUGUUGUACCUUAACAGUUGAUUUAUGUCAGCAACAAUGAAGACGAUCUCCGAUUUGUGUCGAUCAUUUAUUAGAUUUAGAGGCUAUUCAUCAUGUAGAUGUAUCCUUAAAUAAUUAAUAAUACUAUUUAAUUAAAAGAAUGUGUGAUAAAAUUUUGUAUCUAUUUCCACAACGCGUUUGCUAUCAAUGUAAAAAGUUUUUUGAUCUUAUCUGAUAUUUUUCAUGUUAGUGCUAUUUAAAUAGGUUUUGAAGAGUUGUAUUACUCAAUUACAGUGUAUCCAUAAGUCCUUACAGAAUGUAUAGAUUUUGCAUCAGCUACGUCUCAGGAUUCCACAAAAGCAACAUUUUCAUGGCAGGAUCCAUUAAAUGUUGAAUCAAUGCUAACUGAUGAUGAAAUUGCAAUUCGUGAUAAUUUCCGAACAUAUUGCCAAGAAAAAUUGAUGCCCCGGGUAACACAGGCUCAUAGAAAUGAAGUGUUUGAUCGACAGAUCUUACGAGAAUUUGGUGAAUUGGGUGUUCUUGGAGCUCCAAUUCAAGGGUAUGGGUGUGCAGGGACAUCAUCAGUUGCUUAUGGACUUCUAGCUCGUGAACUGGAAAGUGUGGACAGUGGUUAUCGUUCAGCUAUGAGUGUUCAGUCAUCACUUGUUAUGUACCCCAUAUACGUUUAUGGCAGUGAAGCACAAAAACAAAAGUAUAUUCCAAGGCUAGCAACCGGUGAGAUAGUAGGAUGCUUUGGAUUAACUGAACCUAACCAUGGUAGUGAUGCUGGUGGCAUGGAAACACGAGCAAAGUACAACCCACAAACCAAAUCCUAUUCUCUGACUGGAAGUAAAACUUGGAUUACUAAUGCUCCAAUUGCUGAUGUUUUGCUUAUUUGGGCAAGAACUGUUGAUGAAGGUAAAGUAAGAGGUUUUAUUGUGGAACGAGGUUCAAAAGGUUUGGAUACCCCCAAAAUAGAGGGUAAAUUUUCAUUACGUGCAUCUACCACUGGAAUGAUAUUUAUGGAUGAUGUAGAAGUUCCUGAAGAUAAUGUCCUUCCAAAAGCUAUAGGAUUGAAGGGGCCCCUUGGCUGUUUACAAAGUGCACGUUAUGGUAUUGCAUGUGGGGUAUUGGGUGCUGCCCAAUUCUGCUUUUCGGCAGCUCGCCAGUAUACUUUGGAACGAAAGCAAUUUGGGCGCCCUUUAGCCGCUAACCAAAUUGUGCAGAAGAAAUUAGCCGAUAUGUUGACUGAAAUAUCUAUUGGAAUGCAAGCUUGUAUUCAAGUUGGUCGUCUGAAGGAUAAAAAUUUGGAUACUGCAGAAAUGAUAUCUAUCCUCAAACGUAACAACUGUGGUAAAGCAUUGGAAAUAGCUCGUGUUGCUCGAGACAUGCUGGGAGGAAAUGGUAUUUCAGACGAAUAUCACGUCAUUCGACAUGUUCUGAACCUAGAAGCUGUCAAUACAUACGAAGGUACUCAUGACAUACAUGCCCUGGUGCUAGGAAGAGCCAUUACUGGAAUCUCUGCCUUCUAAAAAAUAUAUAUUGUGUAAAUGUUUGUAAAUUCUGUUGCCAAAAUAUUUUGUAUUGUCUUAAUAUUUUCAUUAUUUUUUUGUUAAUUAAAAAGUGCUUCAAUGUAAGAAAUGUUUUUAUUUAUUGUAUAUAUUCUCAAAUGCACGUUGUCAUAAUACGUCAAC